AUGGAGAGACAAACAUCUGAAGAAGUGCAGAAGAAUAUAACCCGUGUGAAAGCUUCAAUAAUUAUUGCUCGUUUGUUGGCACUGCAAGGAGUCGCUUUUAGAGGUCACGAUGAGACUGAAGAGUCAAGUAAUCGUGGCAACUUUAUUGAGUUUCUUCAACUUCUAGCUGAUCACAAUGAAGAAAUAGGUCGUGUGGCAUUGGAUAAAGCUAGGGGUGUUACUGGUUCUUGUAAGCGUAAAGACCAAUUAGAAGUUGCAGAAGCAGCCAAGAUUGCAAUUCAGCUAGCGGCGGGUGAAAUUGAAACAGGAAAAGGAGCUAAUCAGGAAAUACUGAGCACCACUGAUAUGCUUUCUCAAGCUUUGAAACGGAAGUCCCAAGACAUUUUCAAUGCAAUGAUACUGGUGGAGUCUACAAAAAAGCUCUUGAAUGAAUUCAGGGAUAAAGAGUGGGAUUCUUUGCUAGCAAAAGUCGUAGGGUUUUGCAAGCAAUAUGAUAUUGAGGUUCCUGAUCUUAGUGCUCCAUUUUUCAGAGGUCGAUCUAUUCGAAAGAGAGAUGUUACAAAUGAACAUCAUUAUCAUUAUGAUGUAUUCAAUGCUGCUAUUGAUGUUCAGAUGACAGAAUUGGGGUCAAGAUUCAAUGAUAGAGUUGUAUUCGAUGCUGCUAUUGAUGUUCAGAUGACAGAAUUGGGGUCAAGAUUCAAUGAUAGAGUGGUUGAGUUGUUGAAGCUUAGCUCAAGUUUGAAUCCUAGAGAUGGAUUUAAAACCUUUGACAUUGAUGCUAUUUGCAAGCUUGCAAGAGAGUAUUAUCCUCUUGAUUUUUCAGAUGAUGACAUUGAUACAUUGAAGUUCCAGUUGAAGAUGUUUCAGGUUAAUAUUCCUAAUUAUCCUUAUUUGGAGAAGCUAUCAUCUAUUGCUGAUCUAUGUAAGGAGUUAGCAAGUACAAGGUUGGGAAAGGAAUACAGCCUUAUUGAUAGACUGAUUCGUCUAUUAUUGACUCUUCCAGUUUCCACUGCUACAGGUGAACAUGCAUUUUCAGCUAUGAAGAUAGUGAAGAAUAGACUGCGAAACAAAAUGAAUGAUGAUUUUCUUGCUGACAGCUUAGUUAUUUUCAUUGAACGAAUGAUAGCUAAGAAUUUCAGAUUAUAUGAUAUAUUGAGUGAUUUUGUAGAUCUCAAAGAACGUCGUGUGCUUUUCAAAUAA